CGUGCUCGAGCUCGACUCUACCCUACCUCACAAACCAGCGCGUCAUUGAACUUCGUAAGUCAUGGCACUGAAGUGUUAAAGUUUGUCCGGGAUCGGAUAUAAGAUGAGAAACGGGUGGUUUGUUGAAAGUGUUUAUGUUUGAUAAAGUUUACCGGUAACCGCCAGAGUUUUGAACAUCUGCGGCGGCUGUUUUACGCGCUUCUCGUCGUUUAAACUGAGAUGUCAAUGGCUUGAAUUUUAUGUCCCUGAACCUCACAGUUUACAAGUUACUCAAUUUCAAGUAAGCGUGGAGCAUGUGGGCCAGUUGCUGCGGCUGGCUCUGCCUGGACGAUCCCACAGUGGAGGAAACCAGAAAUAGCUCUCAUCGCCAGGCCUUCACCAACUCGGGCUUCAGCAGUACCCCAUCUCCCACCGCACCAGAACACGUGUGCAAGGCAUGCGGAGGUCGAUUUGACAGCCUUGCCAGGAAGCACAUGUGCAUGGACUGCAAGAAAAAUUACUGCAGCCGGUGCUCCGCUCAGCAAGAACUCCAGCCAUGGCUUUGCCACACCUGCCAGCGGUUCCACGGCAUCCUGUUUGAGCGAGCGGCGCUGAUGAAGUUCAAGGUAAAAGACCUGAGAGACUACCUCCACCUGCACGGGGUGCCUACGCAGAUGUGCCGGGAGAAAGAGGAGCUGGUCGAGCUGGUUCUUGGCCAGCAUACGCCCACGUCCGAGAUACACAUUCCUCCCCCUACGAGUAUACACUUAGAUCAACAGGAGACCCCUGAUAUUCCAGUCAUAACAGAGAGCCCAACAGUGAACAAUGGUACAACAGAAUUGGGACCCCAGGAUCAAGUGACAGAAGAUGAACGGAGCUUGUCGGCGGCAGAGGCGACAACUGAAAGUGACAUGGAAGCAGAGCUGCAUGUGGAGCAGGAGCUGCAGUCAUCAGACUCAGAGGAGGUGUUGGCCCCUGGGCGGCGGGCGUCCCUGUCAGACCUCACGACAGUGGAGGAUAUCGAGGCUCUGAGCGUCCGGCAGUUAAAAGAAAUUCUGGCAAGGAACUUUGUCGACUACAAGGGCUGCUGUGAGAAGUGGGAACUGAUGGAGAGAGUCACACGCCUUUUCCACGACCAAAAAGACCUGCAACACAUAUUGUCUACCGCCAUGGAAGGGAUAGACGCAGGGUCCGGGACGCCCGGUGAGGAGAACCUUUGUAAGAUCUGUAUGGACUCACCCAUUGACUGUGUUCUUUUGGAGUGCGGACACAUGGUCACGUGCACCAAAUGCGGCAAGCGCAUGAGCGAAUGCCCCAUCUGCCGGCAGUAUGUGGUGCGAGCAGUGCACGUGUUCAGGUCCUGAACAAAGCUCGUUCUGAGCACCGAGACCACCAGCGCCCCGCCGUAUCUCAGCCCUUCCCCUGAACAAUGGAAGGAAAUGGUUUUUUUUUUCAACAGCCUUGAAUUCUUGCACAUUUAUCUUGUGGCACUUUAAACGAUCGUGAGAAGAUGCUCCAAGCUUUAAGCAAUAAAUCUACUGCUUUUCUAUUUUCAAGUAACUUUCCAAAGUGUGCCUUCUUUUUACACGCGGGACGUCGCGCUUAUGUCGACCAUGCAGAUGGCACAAAUAUCCAUUUCUGCCAGCGUCUCUGUAAGCUGGUGAUAUCAACCAGAGGAGGAUUGUAUUAACACAAACAUGCUGUGUGUAGGUAUGCAAGUGAACCUGCAAAUCAUUAUUUUCUUCAUCUGUUUUUAUGGGAACAACUCGAGUGUAAUCUAUCAAAAACAAACUAUCUGAAACUUUAUGUACUAUGGGAAUCAGACUUGUCACACAAGUCUUACAUCUGUUGAUUCAUCUCAAAUAAGCAACUCCAAAUAGAAGUUGAAACUGCUGACAGAUCUUAAAUCUGAUUCGUAUCGCGUGAGAAUCAACUAAAGUCGAGUCACUUUUGAUCAAAAUGAUUCUCAUCGUGGCUUUGUCGAGCUAAUUUGCACUUGUUUUUAUGUUAGUAACCACCAUCAUGCCUUCAUGACAAUGUUGUGAGGAUUAUUUAACCGAGUCAGCUAAUCUAAAUGAUUCCUCUUUGUUUAGCUAAACUUAAGCUGUUAAGCUGAAAGGCUUUUGUUCAAGUCAUACAAAGACCAUUAAGAUUGAUUUUUUUCUAUUGGUUUGUCAAAAAAAAUGUAUGGUGCAAUUAUGCAAAUGUUCCCCGUCAUUCUCCACUAAAGCAAAAACUUUUUUUAAAGAAAUGUUGUGCUAUUUUUAUUUAAUCCAUAAUGAUUUUAAUAAACGUUAGUGUUUAAAGUGCCAGUCAGGUCCAAUUUCUAAGCUUCCUAAUAUUGUUAAGGACUCCUCAACAACAGGUUUAUAUGCAUGCAACGUCAUUUUCUCAAAAUAUUAAUUUAAUAUUAACACAUUUCUCUCCAAAAACGAUUUGCACAAAGCCGUUCAGUCAAAAAAUACGCUCUACCUAAACCCCCCUUUCGGUAGUCUGCUUUGCUCUGAUUGGUCAACUGAUAGAGUCAGGUUGUGGUUAGGAGACGCAUGUUGGGUCGAAAUAAAAUGGAUACUGAAACAUCUUUCGUGGCCAAACGUUAAGCAAAUCCCACCUUGAACUCGCCGAGAUUGGAGAAGCAAUCGUCAGUAAAAUGACUGGAACACAACAAAAGGGUUUUAUUGUAACGUUGCUGCUGUGGCAUUUGCGAAAAAUAAUUUUUGACUACUGAUUCUUCACAUCUUCAUCCUUUGGGAGUGAAAGCAACACACACUUGCCUUAACAGCUCAAAACACAAUGUCUUCUCGACAUGAUGUCAACACUCCAGCUAGUGAAAGUGUAUGUGGGCAGGUCCGGGUUUUUGUUUCUCACGGGAAAGAGAUUAUGCAAAGUCUUACCUUCAUACAUAGAUAGACGACAUGCUGGAGAUUGGAAAAUAAUUUGACUCGUUAAAGCGAUUCUGAGGCGACUCCCUACUUUAGAAGCCAAGACCUUUAUUUAUGGUAAACAACUUUGCACACUCCUUACAUUGAUGGACAGCUAAAUAACACACUGCAAUACAGGUAAUAUUCAAUACUGGAUCUGACUGGCACUCCCAACUUUUCUACUCUGUGAAAUAUAAUUUAUUCUUCUUCACCUUUUGGGUUUUCAUUUGACUGUCAUUCCCACCGUUGAUAAUUCUAACAGUCAGUCACCUCACAUUGUAAGGCAUGCACGUGCAUUGGUGAAGAAAAGCCUUCUGGUAUGUCAGUCAUUUAAGGUGCAUGUUGGCCUGACCCGCAUCCAACCACACAAUGUAGCUCUCCAUAUAGCAUUCAGGACUCCAAUCGUGCCGCUAGUAAGCACUUUGUAGAUGCUUGUGGUUGAUCUCCUGCUGGAAUUAGAUCAGCAGCACUUUAACGGAGGAAAUAUCAGGUGAACGUUUCUUAACACUCAUGCUAUGGGUUUCUGGGGUGCCUUGGAGAUCGCAGGACAAGUGAAAACCUGCUACCGAAGUGCCUCCCUUCCCUUAAGGCACUGCAAUUUAGUUAACAUUGACUAGCUCCGGACUAUUCUUAGAGAGCAGGGUAUGUGCGUACAUGAAGACAUGAAGAUAUGAUCAUUCUCACAGUGCAAAGCAGAGAGGUGGGAACUGCACACUGAAAAUAAUAUGCAGCAUGAAGUUACAGUUUUUUACAGAUGCUAGGACACAUUUCUCAAUACUUAGGUCACUUUUGCAAAACUCUUGACACAGUUCUCCUAACAAACUUUCAGCUUGGCAAAGCAGUUCAUUUCACAUUCAAAAUGCACUACAACUACCAAAACACUUUAUUCAGGUCUCAAAUCAACUCAUUCUUCCAGAACGCUAGCAAAGGUUGACAGCCGACAAACACACUUUGUCACCCACAAAACGAUGACCUAAAAAAACAUUAACAACAUGUAGCAUUAUGUAAUGUUUUCUCUGUUUAUAACUCACUGCAUUAUAUGUUACUCAAAUGAAUCAGACAUGAUGAAAAAUUCUUCAGUAUUUUAUGUAGUUUAUUUUUUUGUCACUUGAGUAAUUUCAAAAUACAAGAAUUUGUAUACACACCAUCCACUGAUAAAGAUACAGUAGUAAUGCUAAUCUACUCUCUUUUCCAUUUGGCCAAUUGUUUUUAUAGCAUUUAUUUUUAAGAUUUAAAAUGUAUUUAAUUAAAAUAUUACUGUAGAAAUGUAGCAAAUUGCUGUCUUAUUUAGUUUUGUAUUAUGUUAUUGUUUUGAACAUUUAACAGUUUUGAAAACAGUAUGUAAGCAUGUGCAAAUUGUCCUGUAUGUAUAAAGAGUUUUGGCAGUUGUUGUGUCUGAGUGAGAAAAGAAUUCAUGAAAUUUGAGAGAUGUAGUUAUUUGAAGGCAUUUUGUGGCAAAGCAAUGAUAAUUGAUCCUCAGUAUAGCCCACAUAGACUUCUGUUGUGCUCACUGUGUCAAGAGUUUUGCAAAAGUGACCUAAGUAUUGAGAAAUGUGUCCUAGCGUCUGUAAAAAACUGUAAAACAACUUGGUUUUAAGUUUCUGUGAUAAGUUGACAUAACUUAUAAAAACAAGUUGAAACUUUUUAACUAAAUUUGUUACGUUAAAGUGACACAAAUAUAUGUUGAUUUGACAAAAAUGCUGCAUAUAUUAUAUUAGGAUUCCUGGUAGUCUUUGCAAGUCUCGUAAACGGCACCAGCUGUUAUCCGAAGUCAUGAAAAGGGACCGAUUGAAAUGCUUUUACUGAUAAUCCUGUGUUCACGGCAAUUGGCAUUGAUCAUCAAAUGUUUGUUGAAUAGUACACGACAGAUCUUAUAGCUUUAAAAUAUGUGACCCAGUCUGUGAAAACCCAGCUAAAGUCUUUUUUUACUUACUGUUUUCUACAUAAAAAUCAUCCUAGAACAUUCUGUGAAAAUAUAAUCUUGAUAUCUUUAAUACACUGUAAAAGUUGGAUCAACUUAAAAAAAAUUGAUCCAACUUUUACUUUUUAUAGUGUACUGAAUGAGUAAGAUCAAUAUAAGAGCUCUGCAGUAUAAAACAAAAUCUACUUUCCUUGUAUGAAAGAGAGGACCUCAGACAUUCUUCUCCUAAAAGAACAAAAUACUAGAUUAGACUGAUAGUGGGUAGAUUUUCCCAUAAGAGUUUUCCUUUCUUAAAAAGUUUUUUUCUUUUCUGAAUCUAAGGCUUUGGCAAUAAUUGACAAAUAAUUUUCUCAAAGAAGAUAAUAGCAAACAAAUGCAAACUACACUAUUAACAUGAAUUGAAGAAAUUACAGUAAAUCCACAGUAAGUUACUGGCAAACAGCGCAGAACUACAGCAAAAAUUUACAGUGUAACGUGUAAAAACUCUGCAUUCACAUUUUCAAAGCAUGGUGACAGAAAACUUCCUUUUUUUAUUUUAUUAAAUUGAAAACUCAGAAUGAUGUUACACUUGAUUUUAUUAUAACUGUGAAACUGUAGAUUAUUUUCUCUUUGUUGGAGUCAGAUAAAGGAAUGGUUUCAUCUCCUGUUUGAUGUAUAAAUAUGAUUUGGAUUUUUUUCCAAUAUCGAUGUAUUGUUUAAAUGUUAAUGUUGUAAACCCAGGGUGCGAUUUGUGAAAAAAUCAAGAAGAGGCGGGAUGUUUUUUAAAUAUUUUAUUUAUGAAAAUAAAUGAUAUACCAUGGGCUUAUAUUGACUAAUUCUUGUAACUGUUGACCUAAAAUAGAAAUUUACAGGCACCCGCCCUGAACGAGAUUUAAAUCGUUUAUAUGGAUGACCAUUAAUCAUCAAGGCAAACAAUUUUGUCCCCAAUAAAAAUAGGGAUAUAAAGACCAGAGGGGUGAUACUGAUAAUCCUCCUCAGCAAAUCGCACCCUGUGUAAACCAAAUCUGAUCUGAAAUAUAAAAUCUUUACUAAGCCAUCAAACUAGAUUUAUGUGUUUAGUUGUUUUAAAGAUUUUGUAAUAAAAUAGUUUUCAAUG